CACACCUCCCUCUCUCUCUCUCUAUAUAUAUAUAGAUAUAUAUAUAUAUACACAUACAUACACACACCUCCCUCUCUCUCUCUCUCUCUCUCUCUCUCUAUAUAUAUAUAUAUAUAUAUAUAUAUACACAUAUAUACAUGCCGGUGCUGCAGUCAAUCAAUUACUACUAAUGGCACCAACAAUAGUAGAAACUCCCAACCUCAGCACCACCACUAACACCACCGGCACCAUCCCAAGAAAACCCAGACGAGUCUGCUUCUCAUUUGCAGCCUACUCCAAGAACGUCAUUGGCCACCUCCAGACCUGCAACGUACCCAUCGACCUCGGCCUCACCGACUCCGAAUUCUCCGCCAUCGAGUCCUCCUUCAACUUCAUCUUCCCUCCCGACCUCCGCUCCAUCCUCCAAGAAGGCCUCCCCGUCGGCCUCGGCUUCCCCAACUGGCGAUCAUCUUCAAACCAACAGCUCCAAAUCCUAACCCACCUCCCAAUAUUGGGCAUAUGCAAACAAGUCUCAAACCACAAUUUCUGGAUCGAUUCUUGGGGUCACAAACCCAACGGCGUCGAUCAGGCCGUGAAAUUGGCCAGAACGUUCUUGAAGAAAGCCCCAUUUCUUGUUCCGAUAUAUCGGAACUGUUACAUUCCGUCCACGCCCAAUUUGGCGGGAAACCCGGUGUUUUACGUGGAGGGAGGUGAUGUCAGGUUGUUAAGUUUCGACGUCGCCGGAUUCUUCCAACAGGUGGAUUUCGGGUUGAAGGACGGCCCGUGGAGGGGACCCAGUUUGCCGAAUUUGUCGAAUGCGCCGGCGUGGGCGGCGACGGAGGCGAGGAGGAUUGAGUUCUGGACGGAGAUGGUGGAGAGAGAGGAGGCGCGUGGGAGCACGCGCGGGUGGUGGAGUGGGCAUUUGGGUGGGUGUUUGGAGGAGGUGUGUUGGACGUUGAGAGAUGGAGGGUGGAAGGAAGAGGAAGUUAGGGAGAUGAUGAUGAUGGACGGUGGUGAUGGGCUUGAUCAUCAUCACAGUGAGCGUCAUCAUAAUAAGGGUGUGGUGUGGCACGUGCGGGGCUUGUCACUUAGAUUGCUGCGUGCGGGGUGGAGCACGGAAGAUGUGGUGGACUCGCUAGGUUGUCACGUUGAAAAUGAAAAUGGUAUUUUUCCAGAUGAAGACACUUGGUUUGACUUUCAUCAUACAAAGAACUGCUGUCUCUUGAAGGCUCGAUAGUUGAGACUGGAGGCUAGGUGGUGAUGAUGAUCAACGCCGCAGAAUGAAGCAGUUGAUGGACCUGCACUGACAAUGUGCCAAAACUUGCUGAUUUUCCUGGUUGCCGUCUGGUGAAUAGACUUUGUUUUUAGAAAUUUUGACAUAUGCAUAAUACACAGUUUUGAUUGUAAAUACUAGUAAUUUUUAUAUUAUGGAUGGAAUGGAGAUGUAUAGUUUAUUCCUGGUCCGGCUUAAUUCUUUUAGUUUGUUUAAUUAUUUUUUUUUAUAUUGUUUAUCUUGAAUUUUAUUCCUUAUAAUAAGAUUAAAGCCAAUAAUUUGUAUUCUCCUAAUUUAUGUAAUUCUAGUCAAUGCUAUUCUUCUUCUUACCGCCA